UUGUUGGCAGGCUACAUCGUUCUCCCUUCCACAUUUACGACUAUGAAUCGCUCCGAAGCUUUUAACACCAUGAUGGAAGACAAUGAGCUUGCACUGAAGGCAUUUCAAUAUCCUCCUUUACUCGUUCUUGUUUCAUUCUUGUUUAUUGUUUCUCUGCUAGGGUUAAUGUAUAUAUGGUGGGUCUGGAAUCUGAACAAUAUUAUCACGCAAGUCCAUCAGAGGUUCUUUUUGAGGCCACUCCUCACAAACUCAUUACUUGGCUUUAGCACGACUUUGCUAAACGUAUACGCUGUACAGGAUGGUAUAUGGUCGGCUAUCGCCGUAGCUUCCCUAAGUGCAACGAGCUUCUGCUUACUUAUAGCUAUUGUUGGGUAUACAAUCUAUAGUAUAUGGCUAUUGAAACCGAUAAGAGCCGCCCAGGUCGCUGAAGGCUGUAGCACGGCCGACACCGCGACCCACGGGAAAAGAGUAACGUGA